AUGACGAAUCAGCAGCCAGUCCACCAGUCUAACAAGGCCCAUUAUGAUGAGGCACUGCCACCCAUUGUUGGCGCUGGAGUGUUGGACUUGUUGGAACCCAAACUUCCCAAUAGUUCCUUGGGAACCUACUGUGGCUUCCUCAUCCGAAACUCACUGCUCGUCCUCACUAUACUGGGUGUAAUAGCGGGGUCGCUGUUUGGGAUGCUGCUGCGGUAUGUUUCUGUUACAGACCCCAACACCCUGAUGCUGGUGUCCUUUCCUGGAGACAUCCUCAUGAGGAUGCUGAAGAUGCUCAUCUUGCCCCUCAUCAUCUCCAGCCUCAUCACAGGUCUGGCUGGUCUGGAUGCUCGUUCCAGUGGGAGGAUGGGCUCCAGGGCCAUGGUCUACUACAUGUCCACUACAGUCAUAGCUGCCAUCCUGGGGGUCAUCCUGGUCCUGGGGAUCCACCCGGGGAACCCCAAACUCAGGAGCAGUCAGGAGCAGAACACGGCCCCCAAGAACCAGGAGGUCAGCAGUCUGGACGCCUUCCUGGACCUCAUCAGGAACCUGUUCCCUGAAAACCUGGUGCAGGCCUGCUUCCAACAGGUUCAAACAGUAGCAAAGAAAGUGUCAGUGAUGCCCCCGAACCAGACAGAACCUGUCAUAGUCAGCAAGAAGAAACUGGAGUUCAAAUGGGGCAUGAAUGUUCUGGGUUUAAUUGGGUUCUUCAUCACAUUUGGAAUGUGCAUGGGGAAGAUGGGAGAGAAGGGGAAGCUCAUGUCAGAGUUCUUCAACAUCCUCAACGAGAUCAUCAUGAAGAUGGUGGGCAUGAUCAUGUGGUACUCUCCAGUUGGUAUCGCCUCUCUGAUCUCAGGGAAGAUAGCAGCCAUCGGGGACCUGGAGGUGGUGGCUAGACAGCUGGGCAUGUACAUGGUGACAGUCAUAGUGGGCCUAAUGAUCCACGGGGGCAUUAUCCUGCCACUCAUCUUCUUCUCCAUCACAAGGAAGAGCCCCUUCACCUUCUACUCCGGGAUCUUCCAGGCCUGGAUCACUGCCCUGGGCACCGCCAGCAGUGCGGGAACGUUACCUGUCACAUUCCGCUGUCUGGAGGAGAAUCUGAAGAUCGAUAAGCGGGUGACGCGUUUCGUGCUGCCCAUCGGAGCCACCAUCAACAUGGACGGCACAGCCCUGUACGAGGCGGUGGCAGCCAUCUUCAUCGCUCAGAUGAAUGACAUCAACCUGGACGCAGGACAGAUCGUUACCGUCAGUAUGACAGCCACCCUGGCCAGUGUGGGAGCGGCCAGUAUUCCCAGCGCAGGCCUGGUCACCAUGCUGUUGAUCCUUACAGCUGUGGGCCUGCCCACCCAGGACAUCAGCCUGCUCAUCGCUGUCGACUGGCUGCUUGACAGAAUGCGUACCUCAAUCAACGUGGUGGGCGACUCGUUUGGUGCUGGGAUUGUGGACCACCUGUCCAGGGCAGAGCUAGCUGAGAUUGAUGCGGAGCUCCUCUCCCCUGAGGAUGAGGAGUUCAUCCCCCCGCCCCCUGUCCUCACCGAGAUAGACCUGGUGGACUCCAAGAGACCCCCCGAGUUACCCCCCCGCUCCCCCCGCCCGCCCAAACUCAACCACCACGGCCACUCCAACCUGUCACAGAUCUACUCCAUCACCAACUCUCCCCGCUCCGUCCGCUCUCCGUCCCCCCGUUCUGUCCGCUCUCCCUCCCCGCGCUCCAACUGUUCCCACUCCCACUCCCCACGACCCUCUGCCUUCCGUACCCACUCCCCACGCAUCCUCCGCAGAACAGAGCCUGGCUACUGCGCCCUGCCAAGCCACGACAACCAGAUCCCCACACUCCCUCGCUCCCACAGAGAGAGAGACAGAGGGGAUAGAGACAGAAGGGAAAGAGACAGGGAAAGAGACAGGGAAAGAGACAGGGAAAGAGACAGAGAGAGAGAUAGAGGAAGAGAGAGGGAGAGACUGCGGGGGCGAGACAGUGACCGAUAUCAGAGCGAGACAGAGGAAGAAGAGGAGAGGGAUAGGGUGCUGGAUGAGGGGAGUCAAGGAGAAGAGAGUGACGACACUGCUUACGACCGCAGGAACACCAUCCUGCCCUGCGACCUGCCCUGA